CACGAGCAACACCAACAAACCAAAGGACAUCCAUCAGCAAGAUGCCUUCAGUCCUUCUCAUCGUGUUCGUCGUCCAGCUGAUGUUGAGCCUUAUCAGCACAGUCGGCGCCCAGACCGUCAAUGAUGUUGCCUGGUACUUGUUCACCCUCCUCCCCACGCCUCAAUCCAGAUCCGCCCAGGAGAACCUCAAACUGCGCGCCGACGUAGUCCGUCUCGAGCGCGAAAUGCGAGCCGUCUCCGCACAGGACGAAUUCGCAAAGUGGGCAAAAAUCAGGCGACAACACGACAAGGCCAAGGAGAAGUAUGAGAAGGAAGCAUCGUCCCUGCAGUCUUUCCACCAGACUUUCAACUCCAUCGUUUCCAAACUCCGCUGGAUCGGAACGCAAGGCGUCAAUUUCCUCCUCAAUACCUACUACUCGAAAACUGCCAUGUUUUGGCUUCCAUCAGGUUGGGUCCCUUAUUAUGCGGAAUGGGUUCUCUCGUUCCCGAGGGCUCCUUUAGGCGGAGUCUCGGUCAACGUCUGGGGAAUUGCGUGCGGCAGCGUGAUUGCUAUGGCCAUGGAGCUGGCUGUCGCUGCCUGGGCAUUGAAAGAGGGGAAAGUGCAAGAAGGGAGUAACAAGGGCGAGAAGUUGAAGAUGGAGGGAAUGAAGAUACCUGCUAGUGGACCCAUGGGUGUCAGCGGUGGGAAGAAGGAGUUAUAAUACAAAAAAGCUGACCGGGAUAUAUUCGAUCUGAUACAGCACAAAUAAAGAGACUUCAAGCAGCCACCCUCCCUGGCCCUUGGAAGCCUGGAUUUCGAGUUCGAAGAUGUGGUAAUGCUGCUGAAUUCCCGGAAUCGAACCCCCCAUCUCAUACUCCGAACGUCUCUGUCGGACUUGGUAUCGCCCAUCCCAUAAUCCCCGGCGCCGUCCGCGGUUCAACAAGCUGUAGGACCGAACCAGUGACAUUACUCGAAGGAGCUUCGUCAAAGGAACCAAUCUGAUACCUUUGCAUGGUCUUCGGACUCCUGGGAUUCUAUGCAUGCUUCCGCGGCUAUCACGAGAUCAUCUGUGCCAGCACCUGGUCGCACUCUAUCCAAUUCGUUGACUUUCACACAGAAGUGCGGUCAGAGGAGACUGACUUCUUCAUGCAUUAUCGCUCUGGCUGGCAGAGUUCGACUCCCCAUGGUUCUUGGACUGGUUCCUGCUUGGGUUGCCCGCACGUCGAGCAGCACGAGCUUGCAUCGAGGCUGGCAGACUGAAAGGCUUGACAAGUGAAUCUAAGCGAUGACGCACACCAUCUGGAAGUGGAUAAUCCUUGCCUGCUGCCAUUAGCACUAUCGUCGCUAAUCUGCCGAUGGAGGCAUACCACAGCACAGAGCUCAGACCACUUGCACGUGAUCUCUUUGUAACUUUUGCCUUCCGAUCGAAGUAUAGUCAAGAUCAGGCGCUGGCUAAAAGAAAAGGUAUCGCGUCAAAGGUAUACUGACUGAGCUCGAAGCGAGCAAACAGGAAUGCAGGAGUGUAAGAACGAAAUAAGGGCUCUGAGACGAGGAAGUGCAUAUCAACUUUUACGUUGACUACCUAGCAAGUGGCUACGAGGCACCCAUUUUUCAUCAACAACCAAGCGAAUCACGGACUUAGGCAUUGCCUGGGCCCUGAUGGAAGUGCAUGAGUACAUCCCAAAUUCAACAGAACAGCAGUAUCAAUUUGAGCUGAAGUUACACGCCGAGCGAACGCCAACGCCUUCCCGAGGACAUUCUCUUGCAUCGACAUCGUCCGCAUACAAUUCCGCUUUCACUCUUCAAUUCCGGCGAAAGGUUCAUCUGCCCCUGGCUUUUCUAUCUCAUCCAUACUUCCCUCCGUCUCAGUUUCAACCAGAUAUUUUGGCUUGCAUGCUCGGACUCUUGGCGACCUCAGCGGCGGCACGUCUGAGCUUGAAGAGUCCUGCACUCCUGCAAAGAAUGUUAGCACCAACGAAAGAAUCAGACCCAUCGCAGACACCUUUCGUGAGAAGGUACGUCUCACCUGGAAACGCCACACGCUCAUCAAAGCCGCCAUCUGUGUCCGCCUCCGAAGGAGUGCUCGACUUCUUGCGUCUUCGCCCUGCCCUCUUCUUUUGGACUCCAGACGGAGAUCUAGAGGCUUUCACUGUUCCACUUGAGUCGCUCUUGCCAGUCAGUUUGUGAAUACGCCUCAUGAUCUGCUGACACUCCGCGCUUCCGGUCUUCACUGCAUGACCUGAGACAUCGAUAAUCAGUGCAACGCACGAGAACACGAGAUCGACGUCUCACCGAAGAAGACCGUCCCGAUAUCACCAAAACUCUUGCUAGGAGAUUCCCACAUAGCUUUGAUCAGGCGUUGAUCAUUCUCCUGGCUCCAGAUGACAGGCAUGUUUCUAGCAGCGUAUGAUGUAUUGCUUAUGAGAGCUGUGCCAGACUCUGCAGAGUUUUGAGGGAGCUGAUGGAGGUGGCGCUGAAAAGAGUUGGUGUUUGGUCAAAAGAGAUGUGCGAUUGAGCGCACUUUAUACACGAUCCUCUACGGCCCCCCGCGCUGGCCAACGUUGCAAGCACCCCACGAAUCCCGCGGUACUUGAUACGCAUUUGCUAUUCUUAUUGGAAAGCGCGAGGGUCCAGGACGAUGCUGCUCAAAUUGACUUUACCGAGUGACACGCACUCUUACCGAGUGACACGCACUCAAUCGGCCAGGAUAAGCGCUGGUCAUAGAUACAUGCAUGUCUACCUAGGGUCCAUUCAUCGAUUCGCAUGGGACGCUGGAGCACUCACGAUCAUUGUUUGCAUUUUCAACAGCAUAAUUUCAAUUCAAUUGCUACCUCGAGAGUACAAAAAGUGGAGCCCCAUCGCAGCCGGAUACCACACCCUGCUAUCUACAGUCACUGGCCGCCCGGUCCUCUCAUUGCGCCCUUCGAGACUAGUCUCCUCUUCAAAGCACUUGCACCAGCCGUAGCUAUACGAUGACGUUUGAUACCUGAGAUUCCAGGCGCAGAGCGUUUCUGGUCUGUUGGUGCCUGCACUGCUUGCUCAACCUGGUCGUAGGCUGAACUCCCCUUCUGAAUCGAACGUGCUGGAGCGCUCGCGUGCCGUCUAAUGGCAUUCGACGGAGAGCCAUCUUUUCCAGUCCUUUCUUGACGAGACGAAGACGGUUGUUCAGCUCUCGAUGGCGGCGGCAUCUCAUCAUCUACGAUAGACCCGGACUGUGCUUGAUGUGGGCGAUUCUUCUGUCCUGGGGAAGAGAUCGAGGGCUUCGAAACAUUGUCGAAUUCGUCUCGUGCCUGAUGAGAUGUCACGGAACGUCCUUCGGUUGCCGAGUCGCUGCUAUCAUCGAUUACGAUAAUGUUGUUAUCGUAUCCGGCAUCUUCUGCCUUGAUCGCAUUACUGCUACUGCCGGAAGCUAUGGGUGUGACACUUUCUUGCUUUGUGUUUGCGAUAGAUGGCGAGCGUUUCUUGAUUGGUACAUCGAAAAACUCUGAGUCGUCGCUGUCUUUGUCUCCAAUCGAAUAUGCCCUCGAGUUGUUGGCCAGUUUCAACUUCUUCAACUUCGCUGGGGAAGCCUCUGAGCCUAUAUUUCCUGUAGCCGUAGCCACGGACUUCUUCAGCUUCCAAAUCUGCAGCUCGAUGGCACGCUUGGAAGGAUGUUCAAAGCUUUCAGAUCCUAUUCGAGAUCAGCAAUUUCCAGAUUUGCAUUGCCGUGCAUACUCACCAUAUAGCUCCAGCCACUUUCUCGCGACGGCUGCAAUGUCUACUCUGUUCACGGCGAGGACCGCGAGAAACAGUCGCUUGAGAUUUUCUUCGUGCCAUUGUACAGGCAUGGUGAUGUUUUUCUUAGAGAACAGUCUUUGCGAAUUCUGAAUAGAGAUGGCAACCACGAAGAGAGUCUUGGUGCAAGGACCUU